UAGCGAGCACUUCGUCUCCUAAGAAGCAAACACUAGUGUCAUGGUGUAGUCUUGUUAUUGUGCAGUACCGUAGUGGGUUGAGCAAAGCGCUCUUCCGUGUCAAUGAAUUACUAGGUAGCUCUCCUGAAACCCGUUCUCAUUACUACUAGGUUAAGCACAGUACUCCGAACUCGUUCCACGAAGCAGACGAAGGUGCUUUAGAUGGCGAUCCAAGUUUCUCCGUUGCUUCUAGGACUGGAACGCCUCGCUCCAGCAGCACUUCUGUCAUCAGAUGGCAAGAUUCAGGAGUGCACUCCUGCUUUUUGCGAGAUACUAGGCUUGGCGGAGGAGGAAGCGGUUGGCAAAAUUCUGGUGGACUACGUACAUGGGGAUGAGAGAGAUUGCGUACAGGAUGCGCUCAGGGCGGCGAAGGAGAGUACAAGCAUAGACCUGCGAAUCUUACGCAAUUCGAGUGACUGCGCAUGGUUCGAAACGACUUUAACAAGAUGCGGUCUUGACGACGAAACAGCUGGGAUUCUGUGCACAUUUCACGACAUUUCUAGAUGGAGACGCCUCGAGGAUGUUGCCAGGGAAUCUCUUGACGAGUGCUUCGCUCUUGCUAAGUUACGGUCGAAUUCGUCACAAGGGCAAGCACCGAAUGCUAAGGAAUUAAGGGAGCAAGUAAUAGAAUUGAGGCAAGCCCUUGAGGCGGGGUUGGAAAGCGAAAAGUUCAAGCGGAUAUUUGAGAUGUCCAUGGACCCGAUAUUCUUGAUCGGAGAGGACACGACGGUUCACCAGUGUAAUGAUGCUGCUCUUCGCAUUUUGAAGCUGAGCGACAUGUCCGAGAUUGUACAUAAGCUCACUGUGCCGAUGGUGUCUCCAGAAUUUCAGCCAGAUGGCUCGAGGACAAUAGAUAAGCUCCAGAAGUUUUGCCAGCCUUUGUUCGCUGGGGAAACGGUCACGGGAGAAUGGUGGCACUACAAUGCUGAGGGGACCCUCUUUCCAGUGCUUGUGAAGCUUCAGAACGUCGUUUCCAAUGGGAAGAAUUACAUGGUCUGUGUCUGGCAUGACCUGACUGAAAUUAAGAAACGUGAGGCGGAGCUCGAGAAAGCGAAGGAGGCUGCAGAGGCCGCUAGCCAAGCCAAGAGCCAGUUUCUGGCCAACAUCAGCCAUGAAAUAAGGACACCUAUGAAUGGCGUCAUUGGUGUUGCUGAGCUGCUCUUAAGGACUGAAUUGACAGAGGAGCAGAGAUCGUACCUGGAGGUGAUUCGCUCAUCAGGAGAUACUCUCUUAAACAUCAUCUCUGAUGUGCUUGAUAUCAGCAAGAUUGAGGCCCGUUCUAUAGUGCUCGAGUCGAUACCUUUCAGCCUCCAGGAUGCUAUUGAUGACUCACUGUCAUCAGUUCGGGUGCUAACACUCCAGAAGAAUCUAGAGCUCAAUGUUUUUGUCGAGGAUGCGCUUCCUUCCAAGGUCAUUGGGGACCCUACCAGAAUUCGCCAGAUUCUGCUCAACUUGCUUUCAAAUGCAAUCAAGUUCACUGAGAGUGGCAGAAUUGAUCUACGAGCUACCAUCAAGGGCUCGAAGGACUCACUGGCAGUCAACCCCCGUCUCUCACCAUGCACUUCAUCAUGGGUUGAGGGGAAGGAGGUGGGAAAGCGGAUAAGGCUACAGGCAGAUGAUGAGGAUUCCGCAGUGCGAAGCGACCUUGAGUCCUCGACUACUCUCGUUCAGUUUGAGGUUUCGGACACAGGAAUCGGAAUUUCUGAGGACAUGAUUCCCAAGCUUUUUCAGCCGUUCACACAGGCAGAUGAGUCAACCUCAAGGAAAUACGGAGGCACGGGGCUAGGACUGGCCAUCUGCCAGUCCCUUGUGGUCCUCAUGGGGGGUAAAAUAUCUAUCUCGUCCACACUCGGUCAAGGCUCAACCUUCUCCUUCACACUACCAUUUCAAGUACCAGAGCAAGCUGCGCCGCCAUCAGGCCAGAUGUCCACCUCAGGAAAGGGUAAUCCUGUCCCUGGACUGCCAGCAGCAUCAGUGCACCUUCCUCCCCUGCAUGUCGCAUUACCCCACUCAGCAUCCCUGGAGUCAUCCUCUCCGUCCGUAGAGCUGUCCUCGUUUGCGGGGCUGAGGUGUCUGGUGGUGGAGGACAAUCCCGUGAAUCGAAUGGUUGUGGUCCGGCUGCUGGGUAGCUUGCAGGUGACCUGUGAUGUGGCAGAGGAUGGGGUCAAGGCUGUGGCAGCAUGCCAAGAGAAGGACUACGACGUGAUAUUCAUGGAUGUCCACAUGCCAAAGAUGGAUGGCUUUGAAGCGACUCAACGAAUUCGCCAGCUCAAGAACGAUCCAACGAACAGAAUUUGCCGUGAGUGCUGGAAGGGAAGUGAGUUCCAGAUGACGUGCUUCUUCAAGCAGUACCAUUCUCUGAGCCGGCCUGUGAUUGUGGCACUGACAGCAAGUGCUCUACAACAUGAUCGCGACCAAUGUGGUCAAGCUGGAAUGGAUGCUUUCUUGACCAAGCCUGUUAGAUUACGGCAUCUUGUGAGCGUGCUUGAACCUUGCAGUUUGCUGCAAGGUGGUUGCGAGGAUCAUGUUGUUGAGCAGGAUGACAUGGAGUGAUAUAUUUUUCAGCGCUUGUUGAGCUUGUCCCAAAUCGUGUGCGGAUAGCUCACAACAAAUGAAGAGGAAGCAUUUGAUUGAUUGAUGUGUACAUAGUCCGUUUAACUGAUAAGA